CGUUGCCGUUUGGAUAAAUUGUCUUUCUUGCCUGUGAUAUGUCAAUGGCUGCAGCAACUCUUGCACUGCACAACCACCACCACUAUUUCGUCCUCAGCCACCACCACCGCCACUUUAUCUACUCCUCACCAACAAAUUCAUUUGCCACCGAAACGUCAAAAUCAUGGAAUCUUAACAGAAAACCAUUACACCUUCCCUUUUGGACUGGUUUGGAGUUGGAGAGCAACACCCAUGGUUCCCUUAUCCAUUGCUCUUCUUCUUCAACUGAAGCCACUACUCCUACAGCUGAAUCUUGUGUCAAUUUGGGUCUCUCCCUUUUCGCCAAAGGACGGGUUAAAGAUGCUCUCACACAGUUUGACACUGCUCUUACUUUGGAUCCGAAUCCUACGGAGGCUCAAGCUGCACUGUAUAACAAAGCCUGCUGUCAUGCCUACAGGGGGGAAGGAAAGAGAGCUGCUGAUUGUUUGCGCACAGCUUUAAGAGACUAUAACCUCAAGUUUGGCACAAUUCUAAAUGAUCCUGAUUUGGCCUCAUUUAGAGCACUGCCUGAGUUCAAGGAAUUACAAGAAGAGGCUAAACUAGGUGGGGAAGAUGUAGGCUAUAGUUUCCGGAGAGACCUUAAACUCAUUAGUGAGGUCCAAGCACCAUUCCGUGGAGUUCGAAGGUUUUUCUACUUGACGCUAACUGUGGCUGCCGGAAUUUCAUUAUUUUUUACUGCACCUAGGCUUUUUCGUGCAAUUGGAGGCGGUGAUGGUGCUCCUGACCUCUUGGAGACUGUUGAAAAUGUUGCCAUCAAUAUAGGCGGUAUUGUUGUUUUUGUGGCAUUGUUCUUUUGGGAUAACAAGAAAGAAGAGGAACAAAUUGCACAAAUAACACGUGAUGAAACUCUAUCAAGGUUGCCAUUGCGACUUUCAACUAACAGGGUUGUGGAACUUGUGCAGUUAAGAGACACAGCAAGGCCUGUUAUUUUGGCUGGGAAGAAAGAGAUGGUUGCUUCUGCCAUGAGGAAGGCUGAGAGAUUUCGAACUGAGCUUCUUAGACGGGGAGUGAUUCUGGUUCCAGUUAUUUGGGGUGAAAACAAGGAUCCACAACUAGAGAGAAAAGGAUUUGGUGCAUCUCAAAGGGCAGUUUCAUCUCUUCCAUCUAUAGGGGAAGAGUUUGAUAAGCGAGCUCAAUCCAUAGUUGCAAAAUCAAAACUAAAAGCAGAGAUUCGAUUCAGGGCAGAAGUGGUGUCACCUAUUGAAUGGGAGAGGUGGAUCAUGGAUCAGCAGAAGUCCGAAGGCAUCACUCCUGGUGAAGAUGUCUUCAUAAUACUUCGUUUAGAUGGUCGUGUUCGAAAAUCAGGGCGGGGCAUGCCGGAUUGGCAAGACAUUGUAAACGAAUUGCCACCAAUGGAAGCAUUUUUGAGCAAGAUAGAAAGAUAGCAGGAGUUUCUUGGAUUAUUUGCUAGUUAAAAGAAUAAAACAGAGAUCAUCUGAUAUGCAGAUGUCAAUCCCUAUUUUCAUUAUGGCAUAUAUUUGGAGUAUACUUUUAAACAUAGAACAUUUAUGUUGAAGAAAUUCCUGUUUAGAGAUUUAAACUUGUGUAGUUCGCGUUGUUGACUUGAAAUGGAUGCUAUUGAGCACUGGACUUUUCCGAACAAAGUUUUAUUCACAAUGAAUUGGAUAUGUAAUACAUGAAUCAUAUUUGGCUUGGGUUCA